UCCAAACAAACCUCAUCGAUCGAUGCCUUCUCGCCUUCGCUUCUCAACUUGAGCUUGGUGAUGCUUUUACAUUUAUACUCAUAUUCAAUCUCUCAAAGAUUUUGAUAUAUAUUAUUUAUUUACUGAUCCAUUCCAUCCCCAAAAACUCCCUCGAUCAUCCAGAUUUCCCGAACCCUAAAUUUGCCUACGUCUCAUAGCGUAGAUUUUGGGAGGAUACAGCUAGGUUUUUGAAAUAUCGAUCGAAUAUCGAGUGGUUGGGGAUUGGAUUAAGAGGAGGAUGAGUUCACAGAAGAAGAGGAAUUUCCAGAUAGAGGCGUUUAAGCAUCGGGUGGUGGUCGAUCCCAAGUAUGCUGAGAAGACUUGGAAGAUAUUGGAGCAUGCGAUUCACGAGAUUUAUAAUCAUAACGCCAGUGGCCUUAGUUUCGAAGAACUUUACAGGAAUGCAUACAAUAUGGUCCUGCACAAAUUUGGAGAAAAGUUGUACUCUGGACUUGUAUCGACCAUGACUUUGCAUUUAAAAGAAAUAGCAACGUCAGUUGAAGCGUCUCAGGGGCCUUUGUUUUUAGAAGAGUUGAACAGGAAAUGGAUGGAGCACAACAAAGCAUUGCAAAUGAUAAGGGACAUAUUAAUGUACAUGGAUAGAACUUUUAUCCCAAGUACACACAAGACUCCUGUUCAUGAGCUUGGGCUUAACUUAUGGAGGGAUAACAUUAUCCACUCUAGUAAUAUCCAGAUUAGGCUGAAAGAUACACUCCUGGAAAUUGUGCAAAGAGAAAGGGGUGGUGAGGUUAUUAACAGGGGUUUGAUGAGAAACAUAGUGAAAAUGCUAAUGGAUCUGGGUCCCUCUGUCUACCAAGAAGACUUUGAGAAGCCUUUUCUUGAGGUCUCAGCCAACUUUUACCAAGGAGAAUCUCAGCAGUUCAUCGAAUGUUGUGAUUGUGGAGAUUAUCUUAAGAAAGCUGAGAAACGUUUGAAUGAAGAGAUUGAAAGAGUUUCCCACUACUUAGAUGCGAAAAGCGAAGUGAAGAUAACAAAUGUAGUGGAAAAGGAAAUGAUCGAAAGCCAGAUGUCCAGAUUAGUUCACAUGGAGAACUCGGGGUUGGUUAAUAUGAUUGUGGAUGACAAAUACGAGGAUUUGGGCAGGAUGUACAACUUGUUCCGUAGAGUGCCCAAUGGACUAUUUUUAAUUAGGGAUGUGAUGACUUCUCAUAUUCGGGAAAUGGGCAAACAACUGGUCACUGAUCCAGAAAGGUUAAAAGAUCCUGUGGACUUUGUACAGCGCCUAUUGGAUGAAAAAGAUAAACACGACAAGAUCAUCAAUCUUGCGUUUAACAACGACAAGACAUUUCAAAAUGCUUUGAAUUCGUCGUUUGAGUACUUCAUUAAUUUGAACCCUCGUUCUCCGGAAUUUAUCUCGUUGUUUGUGGAUGACAAGCUCAGGAAAGGACUGAAAGGGGUGAGUGAAGAGGAUGUGGAGAUUGUUCUCGACAAGGUGAUGAUGCUUUUCCGUUAUCUCCAGGAGAAGGAUGUAUUCGAGAAGUAUUACAAACAACACUUGGCAAAAAGGCUUCUUUCGAGCAAGAGUGUAUCUGAUGAUGCGGAGAGAAGUUUGAUACUGAAACUAAAAACGGAAUGUGGGUAUCAAUUUACCUCAAAGUUGGAAGGUAUGUUCACCGACAUGAAAACCUCUCAGGAUACAAUGCAAGGGUUUUAUGAAGCCAUGGGACCCGUAUUAGCCGAUGGACCCACACUCUCUGUACAUGUUCUCACAACCGGGUCUUGGCCGACUCAAUCCAGCACCGCUUGCAACCUUCCUCCGGAAAUCCUCAGCGUGUGCGACAAGUUCCGGGCGUAUUACCUCGGGACCCACAACGGACGCAGGCUAACAUGGCAAACAAACAUGGGUUCUGCAGAUCUCAAAGCAACAUUCGGCAGAGGCCAAAAGCACGAGCUGAACGUUUCGACAUACCAAAUGUGUGUUCUGAUGCUUUUCAACAAUGCAGAUCGGCUAAGUUACAAAGAAAUCGAACAGGCUGUUGAGAUACCCACCAUGGAACUGAAACGAUGCUUGCAGUCGUUGGCUUGUGCAAAGGGAAAGAAUGUUCUGAGGAAAGAACCAAUGAGCAAAGAUAUCAGUGAAGAAGAUGACUUCUUCUUCAACGAUAAGUUUUCUAGCAAGUUUUACAAGGUGAAGAUUGGUACAGUGGUGGCACAGAAGGAAUCAGAACCCGAAAAGCAAGAGACUCGGCAGAGGGUCGAGGAGGACAGAAAGCCGCAGAUAGAGGCAGCAAUCGUUAGGAUCAUGAAGGCUCGACGGGUGCUGGAUCACAACAAUAUUGUGGCAGAGGUUACAAAGCAACUGCAGUCGAGAUUCCUGCCGAACCCUGUAGUAAUUAAGAAAAGAAUCGAGUCGCUUAUCGAGAGGGAAUUCUUGGAAAGAGACAGAGAAGAUAGGAAGUUGUAUCGAUACUUGGCUUGAAGAAGAAGAAGCAGAAGAAGAACAGGAUUGAUUAUUACUGUUUCUGUGCUUUUCUUUUGGUGGCAAAUUUGGGUGGUGGAAAAUGGGAUAUUGUUGAAACGACGCAGUUUUAGUUUCAGUACAUGUGUUUGAUACUUCUUCAUUUGAGUGCUUGUUUUGUUUUGGUUUCGUUUCGUUUUGUACAUUUAUUUCUUCUUACGUUAUUGGUCGUACCGGGAAACGACUAUUACACCAA